GCGCAUAUCUUGGGGUGUCGCGGGCGCGCGUGCACGGCAGCAUCAUCACGCGCAGCAUCUUUCGCCCACCGACAACUCUAAAUUUCUCUUAAUAUAUACUUUUCAGACAAAAAUAGCCUUUACCACCGCGUCGUAUCAGGAAAUAUCACUCUCCAGGAUAACCGUGAGGAUCUGUGCUGCCGGAUUAAGAGUGUUUUCAUGGAAAAAUGGCGAGAUGGGCUCACGCGUGUCUGCUGCUGCUGCUGAUGGUGAUUCUCGGCGGAUCCUGGACCGCAGUGAACGCGCUCACAUUUCCUCAGCAUUACACGAUUAUGCACUGGGCUCGACGCAUUGAACAGGAGAUCGACAGAGUUUUGCAGCAUAUUAGUGGCGCUCAGCAACUGAAGGGGAUCUACUUGGAAAAGAAAAAGCACUUCAGUCUGGUCAGAAACAACCCUCGAGACAUUGUAGAGAAAGUAGCGACUGACAUCGAGAGACUGCUUGCCAAGAAACGCAAAGCGCUGGAGAGACUGGCGAGUGAAGCGGAGCGUCUUCAGAAAGAGCAUCGCUGGCAGGAUGGAAUCAAGGAGGAAAAUAUUGAGUAUUAUAACUCUAAAGCAGAGAUGGAUUAUGACGGUGAGGACAUUGACUCUCAGAUGUCCUUGAAACUGGAUUUUGUGUACGACCCAAGCUUCAAAAACCAAGUGAAUUACUCGCACACUGCCGUCCAGAUCCCCACAGACAUCUACAAAGGCGCUCCAGUGAUUCUGAAUGAGCUGAACUGGACGCAGGCGCUAGAGCGAGUCUUCAUUGAGAACAGCAGAGAUGAUCCCUCAUUGCUUUGGCAAGCAUUUGGUAGUGCCACCGGUGUCACCAGAUAUUACCCAGCUGCUCCCUGGAGAGCGCCAGAUAAGAUCGACCUUUAUGAUGUACGACGAAGACCCUGGUACAUUCAAGGAGCGUCGUCACCCAAAGACAUGGUCAUUCUUGUAGACGUGAGCGGCAGCGUCAGCGGGCUCACAUUAAAACUGAUCAAAGCUUCGGUCACAGAAAUGCUCGACACACUCUCCGAUGAUGAUUAUGUCAACGUGGCCAGGUUUAAUGAGAAGGCAGAGGCAGUGGUGCCCUGUUUCGAUCACCUGGUUCAGGCCAAUGUGCGCAAUAAGAAGAUCUUCAAAGAGGCUGUGCAGCAGAUGCAGGCCAAAGGGACCACCGAUUACAAAUCCGGCUUCCAUUUCGCCUUCAACCAGCUCCUGAACAAGACAAACGUUCCUCGAGCCAACUGUAAUAAAAUCAUCAUGUUGUUCACUGACGGCGGAGAGGACCGAGCGCAGGACAUCUUCGAGCAGUACAACUGGCCUAAUAAGACGGUCCGCGUGUUCACGUUCUCGGUGGGGCAGCACAAUUACGAUGUCACUCCGCUGCAGUGGAUUGCAUGCUCUAAUAAGGGAUACUAUUUUGAGAUCCGCUCCAUCUGUGCUAUAAGGAUUAACACCCAGGAAUAUCUGGAUGUAUUGGGUCGCCCGAUGGUUCUGGCAGGCAGAAUCGCCAAACAAGUACAGUGGACAAACGUCUAUCAGGACGCCCUGGGUCUGGGUCUGGUGGUGACAGGGACAAUGCCGGUGUUCAACCUUACUGUGAACGGGGACUCUCAGAAUCAGCUGAUUUUAGGUGUGAUGGGGGUCGACGUUCAUCUGGACGAGCUGAAGAGACUCACACCACAGUACAAGCUCGGAGCCAAUGGAUACAUCUUCGCCAUUGACCCGAACGGAUACGUGCUGAUGCAUCCAAACCUGCAGCCUCGAGAAGAGGAUUUACCGGAGCAGGUGACUCUGGACUUUCUGGAUGCAGAAGUGGAAGACAGCAGCAAACAGGAGAUUCGCCGGCAGAUGAUUGACGGCCGAUCGGGAGAUAUGACCAUUAAAACUCUAAUUAAAUCAAUGGACGAGCGCUACAUUGACGACGUCACCCGGAUGUACACCUGGACGCCCAUCAACGACACAGACUACAGUCUAGGUUUGGUACUGCCUCCGUACAGUGAACAUUACAUCCAAGCUGAUCUGAGUGAUGUCAUGCUCCAGCUGCAGUAUUUACAGUCUCUGCUGCCCAACUCUUUCGAGUCUGCCGGUCAUGUGUUUCUCGCUCCCAGAGAUUAUUGCAGGCGCCUGCACAUCUCUGAAAACAACACACAGUUCCUGGUGGACUUCCUGUCUCUGAUGGUGGAGAUCUCACCGGAGUCUGAAGACUGUGAUCAGGGUCUCAUUCAUAACCUGAUCUUGGACUCCGGGAUCCUCUGGCAGCUCGCCACACGCGUUUGGCAGAAUAAAGACCUGGGCACGUAUGGCUUUCUGGCUCUGUUUGCGUCCACCAAUGGAGGCGUCACACGUGUUUACCCCAACAUGGCGGCUGAAUCAUGGGAUGAAGAUCCUGAACCACUAAACUCAAACUUCUACCGGCGCAGUCUGGAUAACAAAGGCUACAUCUUCAGAGCGCCGACACGAACCUCGAUGGAUGAUCUGCUGAUCUCAGAGAAUGGCACUGUGGGGAUUCUGGUUACCACCGCCGUAGAGGUUGCAUUUGGGAGCAAAACCAUGAAGCCUGCAGUGGUCGGCGUUAAGCUGGAUUUGGAGGCUUGGGUCGACAAGUUCAAGAUCUUGGCCAGCAACGUGUCCGACAGCAGACAGGCCGCACAUAAGUGCGGCCCGUCCAGAUCCUGUGAGAUGGACUGUGAAGUGAACAGCGAUGAUUUGCUGUGCUAUCUGAUCGAUGAUGGCGGUUUCCUGGUGAUGUCCAAUCAGAGAGAUCACUGGAAGAAGGUUGGGCUGUUUUUCGGUGAGGUCGACCCGUACCUGAUGUUCGCCCUCUACAACAACUCAAUCUACUCCCGUCAUCAGACCUUCCAGUAUCAGUCGGCCUGCGAACCCACAGCCAGCAGCCACACAGGAGCCGCACACAGAGGAUUCUACGUGCCCUCCAUAGCGGACUUUCUCAGCCUAGCCUGGUGGACGUCUGCAGCCGCGUGGUCUAUUUUGCAGCAGUUCUUGUAUGGAGUCAUGUACAGCAGCUGGUUCACCACAGCAGACGUCUGGGCUGAGAGUGCAGACAGUAAAGGGAGCAGCAGCUGUGUGACGGUUUACAGCCAGUUCUACUUCACCAACACCACCAACUCCUUCAACGUCCUGCAGGACUGCGGCAACUGCUCCAGGUUGUUCCAUGCCAAGCGUAUAGAAAACACAAACCUUUUGUUUGUGGUGGCUGAGACACUGCCCUGCAGCUCCUGCGAGAUCGAGAAACUCCUGCCUGUCAGAACCAAGUCUCAAGAAGAAAACCCAUGUGAUGUCUUAAACUCGGCCCGCUAUAGGAAAGGACCUGACAAAUGCUUCGACUACAACUCAGAGGAGAACACAUCACAGUGUGGCAGCGCUCACUCUUUACACUGUCCGCUGCCAGCUCUGCUCUUGGUUCAGUUAUUUUUGAUUUACCUCAUUCUACGAUCGUAAUCCCACUGCCUUCGGUGUUCCUGUUCCCCAUCCGUACCAUGUUCUGGUCCGCUCCUGACAUCCUCCUGGUUUUCCGGCUCUCUGUCUCAUCGUGAGGUGCAUUCCAGCUGUGUGCCGUUACAGCAGAGCAUGAUGGGAAACGUGUCUUAGUACCCCCCCCCUCAAAAAAAAAAAACUGUCUUAAAUAGUUUCAUAUUUAUAUUUGGGAAAAACAUGAUGAGAAUCUUUCUGCUGCCGUGAAGUGUUUUUUGCUUGCCAAAUCCAAAAACAGGAAAGGACCUGGCGUGUUUUUUUUUUUUUUUUUUCCAAAAUACUGAAACAGAAAUUUUAACUGUUGUUAUCACAAUCUCGCAUUGUGUUAGAGUCUUGCUUUGUUCUGGAUUUAGUGCCAAACCCUGAUGUUUGUGGAUGUCCAAAUGCUGGGGAUGCGCAAGUUCUGUUCAAGUAUUUCGUUCGAGGUUUUCCUGCCAAAAGAGAAUGCCAUAUCAUCGCAAACUUCUUCGUUUAGGGGAACUGAGUUUUAGAUUGCAUUUAGUUUAUUUACAGCUUUGUCGAAUGUCUUAAAGACAUAUCUUGUGUAUAAAAACUGCUGCCUGGUUUGUUACCCAACAGUGCCUUGGCGCACUUGUCCGAAAGGACCAACAAUAGCACUGGAGGUGGAUUUGACUGUCCCUGAAUGAAUGCUGGAGAAAGAUGUAGUAUUGAAUGUUAACUUGAAUUUGGUUUACGGUGUAAAGCCCACAGUAUACUGCACGUUUUAUGUGAAUGCUACGGUUAGCAUAAAGUGCGUGACAUGACUUUUAGCAUCAGAAUAGUACUCUUGUGCUGUGCUUGCAACAAGCAACUUUUAUAAACACAGAUCGCACAUUCAUUUUGAAUUGUUUUUGUACUGCACAGUUUGUCCACAAGGUGGAUUUGGGGUGUUCUUUUACAGUCAGAAAACGAUCGAACCGAAACACCAAAAUUUAAUUUAAAAACUUUAGAAUUUUAAAUAUCUACAAGGUUAGUUUAAACGAAUGCAAAUGAGUUUUUAUCACUCAUAUCUUUUCAAGAGGAAAAGUUCUGAAGGAGGAAAGGAAUGAAUGGUACUAAUGAAGAUGAAUGUCCGCUGUGUAAAACAUACUCCAGAAUAGUUGGCGGUUUAUUCAGCUACAUUCAGACCAAUUAAUUAUUUGUGAGAAUAACUUAAAUACAAAGUCAGUGAAAUGCACACAUAAAGGCGAAUUAUUGUUGUGUGGUUUCAAUAACGUGUAAUGUUCAACGCCUUGACCAUUACCUCGUAAAAUUUGCCUAAGUUGCAAAGUAUAUGUAAUUGAACGCAAGUGUAAAAUCCACCUACAAAUACAUUUAGUCAUUUGGCAGAUGUUUUUUGCAGUUCGAUAUACAAUUAAGGAGAAAACCUGAGGUGAAAAACAUCCUGUGAGUAAAGUAGAGCUAGUGACACUAAUGCACGUUUCAAAUCCAAGCAAUUAUAUAGAGUGUACUUUGGAAGGCUGUGCAUUCAUUUGCAUGUACACUAAAGCUCCAAGUAUACCCUGCUGUUUACAUAAACAUGCUGUAAAUUAUGUCAGAGCACCAGCAAAUUUUUUACUCGAUUUCUUUGCAUUUCCUAGUUUGGAGAGAAAAAGCGCAGUGGACAAUGAUGAAUCUUUCGAAUGCGCAUGUCGAGCACAAAGCAAAUGAAGUAUACUUUACAAGAGUGUGUGCAUAUGCUAACUAGCAUGUAAAAAAAAACAUGAAGUAUACUUUGGGCUCAAGGGUGAAUGUCACCAAACCUGGCGAAAGUUUGUACUGUAUUUUACCCCAAAAUCAAAAUGGAAACACAUCACAAAGAAAGCGAAGAAUAUUUUGAGGAUCAUAAUGUUUUUUAAAAAGCACACUUUUACUUGGAAAUACAUUUUAUUAUUGGUUUUAAAUUACGGUAGCAUUUAGUAUACUGCCUUAAAUUGUGGUUAUUUAUAUUAUUAAUUAAAAGCACAUGUAUUAUGCUAUCGUUGUAAUCCUAUUUUAAGCACCAUUAAAGUAAUAAUAAUGAUAACAAAGCACACUUUUGUUCACUAUUGUGUUAGUGUAAUGGAAGGAAACACUUUCGUUAAUAUAAUGUGAAUUUAAAAAUCAUCAAUUUUACUGUAAAAUAGUGAAAUUCGAUGAGCCGACUGCAACAAAAUCCUACAAACACUCUUUAUUUUUGAGCACAUAGAAGAUUUUCUGUUGAUUUUGGGGUGAUUUCUUGUGAGAUUCGUUCAGUGGCGUUCAGUGUGGUUUUUUUUAUUACACAUACCGAUUCUUAUCUUCAGAAAGGCACUCAAAUGGUUUUAACUUUUUUCCGAUGUAAAUACGGUUUUUCCACACUGAGUUGAUCUAGUGUGUUUUAAUGAAUGGAAUGCAAGCUGAUGUCUCGCCGUCCCGCUGCAUGCUGGGAAAAAAACUACGAAAAACGCUAUUAAAAAUUCGCAUUGAUUUUCCGAAUAGACACUGGACCCUUAGAGGCAUUUGACGGACCAACUUUAUCUCCUUACAGAGUUCGUUGACGCUAUCGAAGGGUCAAUAUGUGUUUAUUUUAAAAGAUACAGUAUGUAUAUUGCUUGCGAAAUGUAUCAAGUGUGAGUUUUCCGACGCUUUCAUGCUUUUAUUGAAAUGUUUUGUUUUUAUCGCAGAUGUUUCGUUGCUUUUCGCUGAUUACGUAUUACAUUUCAAAGGUCGGUUUAGACUAAACAAAAUAAGUUAAACGUCUUUUUUUAUUUAAAAAAAAAAAAACAUGGCCACACUAGUACUUCCAAAUGAAUCAGACUGGGAUUCUUCUGAACUGGACUGAAGGGAUUUGGCUUGACGUGUUUUGUAUCGUAAUGGCUUGAGCAAUACUUUGAAUUAUGUCGACUAAUGCAAGCGAGUGCUACCGAACUAUAGUGUAAAAGAGAGCAUGAAAUCAGCAUUGAGCCGCUUUAUUUGGAUGACUUUGGUUCAGGCUUGUCUUUGAAUAUCGGCUCUAUGUUUGUAUGUAAGCUUUGAGCGUUCUAACAGUAUUAUUUAAUGCCGAUAAGAGUAUUUAUACUAUCGUCUUUAUGUAAAAAUUCUUUCUGUGUUACAUUGAAUUAACUGCUGUGAAUAGGAAUGUUUUCAUUUUGUUUUGUUUAUGUUUGUUUCUUUUACUUUGGAUGUUCUGCCGAUGUUUGUUAACUAUGUGAAAGGGAUUUUUCUUCCCUUUCUGCGGUCUUCCAUAUCACUUCAUUUUGUACAGAUGGCACAAAUUUAUCAAGAAAGGCUAACUUUGUAUCAUACUGUGUCAUUCACUUCUGGGAGAUGUUUAUAUGAGAAUUGGUGAGAUAAAGACAUUCAUAUUUUUCACGUCAA